UGCUGGCUGCUCAGAGCCGGAGGAGAGCGGUUGGACACGGGGGCGACCGUCCUUUCCUCUCAACGGGAGACAAUGUCCGUCCUGCCGCGGCCGAAACCCAGAAACACGCAUUCUACAGGCGUUUAGGGAGAAACCACAUUAUCACGUGACGACACGUCCAGCCCACCUCACCGGGCGAUGGUCUGCCGUUAAGGGCUCGGUGGAACCGGAGUCCAUCGGAAUAUCACCAAAAUUACGACCGGAAUCAAGUACGGGUCCCUGUCUCCCGACAACGGGAGAGACCACCGGCCGCUCGUUAUGUCUCGCGCCAAGGAGCGUCUGAAAGGCGGGAACGAGACCAAGGACAGCGUCACUCUGCUGCCGUGCUUUUAUUUUGUAGAGAUCCCCAUCCUGGCGUCCUCUGUUGUCAGUCUCUAUUUCCUGGAGCUGACGGACAUAUUCCAGCCGGUGCAUUCUGGGUACAGUUGCAAUGACCGCAGCCUGUCUCUGCCCUACAUCCUUCCCAGACAGGAGGUCUGCACUCUGCCUCUGCUCUUCAGCUUGGCCUUCGCCGCUCCCACCGCUACGAUUCUCAUAGGAGAGGCCAUUCUGUACUGCUAUCUAUCCAGGAGGUCAUCAGCCACACAGACGGAGGCCAAUAUCAACGCUGCAGGCUGUAAUUUCAACUCCUACAUCCGCAGGGCUGUGCGCUUCAUAGGUGUCCAUAUUUUUGGCUUGUGCGUGACAGCACUGAUAACCAAUAUUCUCCAGCUGUCCACUGGUCAGCACACACCCUAUUGGUUGGAUGUGUGCAAACCCAACUUGACCCACAUUAACAUGUCCACCUGUGAUGAAGCUUUCAUUCUGGAGGAUAUCUGCUCUGGACAAGAUGUCGGGCUCAUCAAUGCUGGGAGGAAGUCUUUUCCUUCCCAGCAUGCAACUCUAGCUGCCUUUGCUGCUGUCUACAUCUCAAUGUACUUCAACACAGUGCUGACGGACUCUGCCAAGCUACUGAAGCCUCUCCUGGUGUUCUCUUUCGUCAUGUUGGCCAUCUUGGCCGGGCUGACUCGGAUCAUCCAGUUCAGAAACCAUCCUGUUGACGUCUACUGUGGAUGGUUACUGGGAUCUGCCAUUGCUGUUUAUCUGGGCGUCUAUGCAGUCGGGAAUUUCCAGCCCAGUGAGGAUCGGUCCAGAAGUCGUGCAUCUACCCCCACCCUGAGAGAGCCCCCCCUUACCUCCUUGCCUAACGUCAGUCAAUCUGCGAUUAGCAACAGCCACCAAGGUCACCAAACCCUCGCUCCCAGCCAACCAGAGCCCAUCAUCACGAGGACCUCCUCCCACACGUUGUCCCCCAACCAACCAGAGACCAGAUUGACACGAAGCGCCUCCUACCGAGAGCCAUCCCUGUCCAAUCUGAAGCGAGCCAGCGCUGAGGUGGAGGUGAUAACCCCAUCCAGUCCCCUGGGCAACCAUGACAACAUGAUGACCUUCAGCAGCAGCACACUGCCAAGGUCUCAUGGAGGCUCCUCAUUGGAGGAGGGUCGUAUUCCACGUCGCCACGCCUCCAUCCACACAUCAAUGGACUCAACCCGAUCCAAACAGCUGCUCAGCCAAUGGAAAAAUAAAAACGACAACAGAAAGCUAUCGCUGCAGGUGAUGGAUGGAAUACGACCAGCCUCCUCCUCCUCUCCUCAGAGGAACAUGGAACUGCGCUGCUCCUCCGAACCUUCUGCCAUGGGCCUGGAGGACCACCGAGGUGCAAUACACCUGCCUUCACUUAUUGCUUUUCAGGAAACAGAGCUGCGUGCUGGGGCCCACAUCCCAGCUCAGUACAUGAAACUAGCGGCAAGCUCUGUUCCUAUGGGCAAUCAUAACCACCUGACCCAUAAUGGCAGCACUGGAUUGACUGGUGGGGCCAGAGUAUCGAUCCAAUCCCGACCUGGAUCCUCUCAGCUAGUUCACAUUCCUGAGGAGGAAAAUCUCACCAGCAGGGAUCAGGAAAGUGAAUCAGAGGACAGUAUCAUGGAUGGGGGCGGGUCAGUCAGGGAAAAGUGGCUAAGAGUGGCAGAGAAGACCACCAUCCCCUGCCGGCCGCUCAGUGCUGGAGGACAGCCUCGUCUUAUGCAGGUGAUAACCUUAUCAAAACAGCAGGGUCUGCUGCACUCCCCUCGAUCCGAGGAUGGCGGUAGCACCGUAAGCUGCACCGGAUCCAUUCGGUACCGAGCCCUGACGGACCAGGACCCAUCACCUCCAGCUUCCACCACUGGAGCAGUGGGAGGAGGAGGAGGAGGUUUGGAAAGAAGCGGCAGCAUAGUCCGUGUUGAAGCCCACCCAGAGUCCAGAUCAAAUAAACCGGUGGUAAAACCUCCGAGCAACGACGGAAGUGGCUCCUGGCGAUGGAAACCACCAGAUCAACGAGCUUCGCUUCGACAGUCAGCUUUCGCCCUCAACGACUUGAACAGACACACAGACAGCUGUGAUUCGCUGAGGGAUGGAGAGUCAGUGGAUGGGCGAAGGAGCGUUACAGGAACAGAAUCUGAAAGUGAAGGGGGAGGAGAUGGAGGGGGAGGUGGAAUAGGAAUGGGUAGUGGGGGAGGUGUGUACACCAACCACCCGCAUGUUGUACACCCUUUACACCCCUUGCAUCCCAAUAAUCCCAACAAUUUCCAACACCCCAAUUUUAACCCCAAUAAUCCCAACUGUAAUAACCCCCACUUUAACUUCAACCCUAACUCUGUCAACUUCAACCCCGACUCUGCCAACUACAACCCCAACUCUUCCAACUUCAGCCCUAACUCCGUCAACUUCAACCCCAACUCCGCCAACUUCAACCCCAACUUUGCCAACUUCAACCCCAACUCGAGCAACUUCAAUCCCAAUUCGACCAACUUCAACCCCAAUUCGACCAACUUCAACCCCAACUCCGCCAACUUCAACCCUAAUUCUACCAACUUCAACCCUAACACAACCAAUUCCAUGCCAUUCACUCCCUCUGCAUCCUUUGCUCCUCCCUUCCACCCCCACCCUCAAGCCCUCACCACAAUAAGGGUCACCCCGGUGGAGGGCACGACAGCCAGCAGCGACGGUGGCUCUGACUGCCAGUCGGUUGCAUCGUCGAGCCGUGAGUCCACGCUGCGGAGGAAGAGUGGCUCCCAGUUCGUCCACGCCCCCGAACGAGGGCCCACCCCUGACCUCCACAAUAACCACCACGUCUCUGACGACAGUAACCGCCUCGACAACAAAAGCAGCAGCCGUUUCCACGAAAACCUUCGAAGUUUUCAAGAGAACCCCAUCCACCCUAACCACCCCAAUCAAGGCAGCAGGCAGUUGCAGGGGAUGUUUGGCCGUCCAAACCCAACCCCUCCCCCUACCUUACCGCGCCCCAUUCUGAGUCACACUCCGCCCCCUACUCUGGGGUUGGCCUAUAAAGAAUGACACACUAAAUCAAUUCUUCUUUACCCGCGAUACAGAAUAUGUCCAUGGCUAGUACUUUCCUCUAUUACUGGUAAGCCAACAGAGUCAUGGCCAAAAACGUGUUCGUCCCUACUACAACAUCUCACCUGGCCAAUUAGGGAACAAUACUCUAGUACCCAAUAGAAUGAAUACAAUGUCUGGACAGGAGCUAUACUGUCCGCUUGUCAAAACAGCCAGAGGUUCAAGAUCAUGAUCUAAAGCCAGAGAGAGUAGUACACAAUUACCACGAUCUAGAUCUCCAACUGGUUAAUAAGAAAGAACUAUAGACAGGGGCCAACAUAAGUGGGGGGAAGAUGAUUCAACAUUUCUUCUUGUGUUCAUAUUUUAUCUGGAUAAACCCAGCCAGUUUUUAUAAAUGUAAAACAUUGAGUGCACUUUCUCCAUAGGCACAAGGGCAAUGGACUAAAUAAACUGCUGAUCCUGUGACUUGAGGGAGAGACUCCAUCCCUUCGGUGUGUCCCAUAGUCCCUGCUAGUGAGGAUGGACUAAGCCUCGUUCCUCUGACUGCUAGGUCAGUUGUCAUUGCGGUAACUUUCUUACCACAACAUUUAUACAUACGGUAUAUUCUCAGCUCUUAUCCUUUAUUCAAACACAGAUACCGAUAUUGAUACAUUCAUGUACAAAUAACCACAUGCCAAUGGAUGGAAAUUUGCAUCCAAAGCCCCUAACUGUGCUGUGUUUGUGCUUAUGAAUGUGGGUGGCCACAGUGGAAAUUAAAUUCACAGUCUUAAUUGUGUCUGGGGUGCUUGGAGUCCCUUCUAGGCAAUACCAGUAUCUCUUAGUUGAUGGUGGAAUUCUGUUUCUGUUGGAGAAGAACAAUAUCACCUAACAUACUCUGGAUCAAUGGAUGUACAGUAUAUGAAUCAUUCUGACUGUUUAGUAGCUGUUCUGUACACUGGCACAUUCAACAUCUGAAUCUUCUCAACAAACUUGGACGAUACAAGAUUUGUUUGUUUUGUUUUGUUGUGGUUAAUUUGAUCAGCUCAUCAUAUCUCCCAGUAUUAAUGUGUAGGUGUAAGUAACAAUUACUUUCAUGACAGCUGUUGGGGAAAAAAACAAAUCAAAUGUUUUUAGAAUAAAAUUGAGAAAAAGGUUACAAUGUUCCCUGGUACAUUACUGAUAAUUAUUAGUAUAAUUUUGGUAAGUACAAAUUCUCAAAAGACUAUUUUAAAAGUUAUUUCAAUUUUACAACAAAACAUAAUAAUACUACAAGAAUUGUCUUUAUAUUAUUUUUUGGUCAAGCAGAAGAUUUGAAAGAUUUGGAAAGCUUUUACUUUUGGACGUCAAAAAUCCUCAGUUUGACAAGUAUGCUGUUCUAACCUGGUUUCAACCAUAGAAUAUCAAUAGUAGUUUAUCAAUUACAUCUUUAUUCGGAACAGAUUACUUUUAUUUAACUAAUGUAUUGUUGAAAUCAGUAUUUCUCUGACAUAACAACUUAGUCAGAGUGUAAUUAUGAUGCUUACUUUGCUAUUGUAGUGUACAUGUGUUUGAAUUCAUGAAGUUGAAAAUGCAGAGAUUUUUUACACCAUGAGUCCUGGAGAGAAGAACUCAUACCAUCAUUUAAGUUUGCUGUUUACUGAGAGAAUGACCAACAGACUGUCUGGACUAUUCGUCCAACAUAACUCCUGAUUUUCUUGCCAAGUUUUUACAUAAUCUUUUAGCUUAGUACCCAAGUGCAAUCAAAAGAAAAUUCAUGUGGUUGUGGGCUUGUCACAUAGAGUUAGUGCAGGACUGGAAUGAAUCUGCUUGAAGCAAAGAUCUUAAAGUGUGAUCAUGCAGAACUUUAGAAAGCACAAUUGCUGCAGCUUAAUGACAGUGUCAACAGAUACAACUAUACAGGGGUCUUGUAUUGCUGUGUACAUAUUUGUAUAUUUCUGUAAACUUCCACCUCUGCAUUUGUAUGCGAGAACCUGUGAUAAAUAUUUAGGUAAUGGUGUCGCAUGAGAUGAUGGGUACUACUGCUAAUGGCGUUGUAGAGCCGCACACAUGUUUCUAAUCGACACCAGUGGAGAGGACUUAAUUAUAAUGUUUCAGCAUUUAUUAUAGGGAGUAUAUAUUUAAACAAGCUAAUACUGUAUAUUAUGUCUCUAUGGUUGUGUGUGACAGUCACUACUCAAAUCUGUCACAUUUGUCUUUUCUACCUUACAAUUAAGAAUGGACACACGGAAUAAGAUCUAGAGUUUGCAAGCUAGUGCCCUCAUUGGUCAACGAUUAACACUGACUUUAAUUAAUGAGAAGGCUUUAACAAGGUUUCCGUGUCCAGUGCAGUAAUCAAUGAUCGUAUUCUACUCUUUUCCGUUUUAUUGCAGUGCUUUUUCAUUUUAUCUGGAAUUGUCUUUAAAAGACCAGUCAUUGGCUUGUGUGAACAUACAGUAUGGAGUAGUACUAAUGUUGUAGAGGGUACAAGCCACAACACGCGUGAUGCAGAUGCUGACUUACUUACUACUAAUUCAAAUAGAAUUCAAAUCCUUUGAAAGGAGAGCAUUCAAAUAUGUUGAAGGUUCAACAACAAUUUUGUAUUCAUAUUACAGCCAACAUAGCUUUGGCCAAAGUCCUAACUCAAUGACCUUUCUAGUGAAUAUGUACCAGGCAGUCAACAUAAGUUAAUGACAUUGUAAACAGCUGAGUAUUGAGUUAUGGAACACAUUUUUGGAUAUCGAUGAAAGAGGAUAUUUUCUGGCAAGUAAAAAUGGCUAUUUUGCCACCAUAAUAAUAGAUACUUGCCAAAUUAUAGUUAUUUUGCCACUACAGAGCAGCAGUAUCUCACUGAAGUUUAAUGUGUAAAUGUAUGCAUGCACAGUGGUGGCUAAGAGGCCAUGUUUUAUUUAUAGUCCACGCCAAUAAAUACUUUUGUUGGAUACUAAAUGAAAGUGUACACACGACCAUGAAUGUUAGCCAAGAAAGGAACAAGUGCUAUACUUUCCUGAGACCCUCCCCCCUGUUUUCUCAGAAGCGAGCUUUCCGGUCCUGCUAUGCCCCUUUCCCUCAGGCCUGCAAUGCCCUUGCCGCUGAGUUCAGUGUACGUAUGUUCAUGUAGAAACAAUAAGAUCAUGUUCGCCUUGAAAUGUUUGCAGCACAUGUGUAGAGGAAGCACAACUAUUAACCACAUGCUACUAAAGUUUAUGGGUAGAAUGCCAUCGCCGGGUGGAUGUACAUCUGUAUCAGCCCCAUGACCCCGGCCUCACACAAAGCUGCUUUACCUGCCUAAAGCUUGCAAAUAUUUUCUCACGACAAACAUGGCAUGAAAUAGUUGUGCUAUUAUUGUAACACAAUCCAAAGGAAUUUAGUCCUGUGUGUCCUAUAUAUUUUUUUCUUUUCCUUUUAAAUCUUUGCAUACACACAUUUUGUAACAUUUAUCCAGUAUACUCAUUUCAUGAAUUUACUGUGAUGCGGCCAAGCAGUCCCUGAACAAAAAUUGCACACAUGAAAGUGUUUUCCUUUUGUAUAGUCUUGGACGACAGAGAAGUAUAUUUUGAUACGAUAGAGUGGAGUAAUGUAGUUUGUAUUCAAACACAAGAAAUGUUGAUGUAAAUGGCAUGUCAGUGGAUUGUCAUUUCAGUUAGAUAUGCUACAAGUAAAUAUUUUUAAGUGACUAUUGUACAUUUGUGUAUAGUUUUAUGUGCUUCUCGUAAUAGCAAGUAAGUAAUAUGUUUGGGGUAAAAGAUGCAUUUGAAAAUGUAAUAUAUGGUCUGGUUGGAAAGACAAAUGGAUUUAGAAUAUUGAUGUGUUUGAAGGGAAGACCUUGGGUUAUAGUUCAUUAAGAAAGGUCCAUAAUUAAUAGUUUAUUAUUAAUAGUUUGGUUUCUCAUGAAACCUUUAAACUGAUUUUUUUUGUCAUUUCAAUUCCUUUUUUCAGUAUUCUGAUAUAGUGAUUUUUCAAUCAAUAAUCAACAUUGUGACUUGGUGAAAGUUUCUGAAUGGCUACAUUUACAAUGAUGGCUUUGUUAACAGAAAGGUUUUCAUUAAGGGCCUCGUGACAGCUGAAUUGAAGAAGCACGAAUUGUAUUCCUGGUGGUCUUAAUAUGUGUGUCAACAUAUGGUUGGAGUAGUAGGAGCUGGUGCGAUGUAAUCUCAGUGUCCAAGCAACUUGUUUACCCCUUCAUGGAAUUGUGCCAAUUUCAAGUAUAUGAUUACAUUGUUAAAGUGAGCCCAACAAUAGCAUCCUAAUGAAAGAUUGCCAGUGGGUCCCAACACUUCAGCGACAAAAGUACAGCCAAGAGAUGUAAUCAGAGACCAAACGGACCCAAUUAGUUUUAGUAAACAUUUUAUGAAUCAGAUGAUAUUUAGACAUCUCUGAAGCAUUUCUCAUAAUGUGGUGAGCUAGCUUCAUUAUUAACUUUAUCAAUCAAAAAUGUGUUUGCAAUCCUAACAAUCAUUUCUUUCUUCAUCCUGUGUUACUAUUUUAUGAAACUACCACAUUUAAUAAGUAUGAAAACCGGUUGAACUAGCUGAUGAUCAAGUGUCUUUAGAACAAUAUUGUGAUGGUAAUAAGAUGUUUAUUAUCUCACUUGGAUACAAAGGUUCCUUGGAUUGUUGUUAAUUUUUUUGCUAGCAGCUACAAAGCUAGCGUUCAUGCUACCUAUUGUAAAUAAAAUUAUUAGGUUUCUGGUUAUUAAUUCAAACCACUGCUAAAAUUUUCUCUUGAAUGUGAAUUAUCCAUGGAUACAUACUAAUUUUUCAUAUUUAUAAUAAUCACUUACCUUUGUCUUUUCCUUUCAUUGAAAUGUUAUUGAUAUGAUAUAAUAUACAGAUAUUUUUGAUCAUUGUAUAUGAAAGAGAUUUUUCUAUAUCUGCUUGUCAAAUGUCUUGCUUAUUACCAUAGCACACAUCUUCACUCAAAUGAUUGCAUGGUUGCUAUACCUUACAGUUAGCACUAGCCAACGUGGAAAUCUCAUUUUGAUCCCACCGGAAAUACAUUCUGCAAAUGUCUCUUAAGGAUCCUUAAAAGCAACCAAAGCUGCUGGCAUUUACUUCAUUUUCUUUGACUUUCUGCUGUUGCCUCCCAGCAACGGGUCACAUCAGAAUGCUCUUACAACCUGCUGGUACAACAGAAAGCACUUCUUAUCAGAUACAGGAAUCUGGUACAAAGUGGUUAUCAGAAGACGGAUUGCUUGGCCAAUAUUGGUUGCAGACAAUACAUAUAUACAGUAUACACAUAUAUUUAUGUAAAAAUAAAUGUUUUAUGGUAUAGUUCAGCAUUCAUGGAAAUACACUUAAUUUAUUUCUUUAAGAGAAAGCAUUAAGGACGGAGUUUGAGUCAGGUUGUGGUUAGCUUAGCUUAGCAUAAAGACAGGACGCAGGAUCAACAAGCUUGCCUGCUUCUAUCUGGAGUUCAAAAAUACAACUAGCAACAAAAGCUGACUACCCAACUACGUGCAUGCCAAGAGAAAUGUAAGCAGCUUCUUGGAGAGUUGCACACUUAAACAGUUCUCUAAAAAAAAUCAGAUUAGUUAUUUUCCAUAAUAUCUUGCUAUUACAAUAAUAUGAUCAAGAAGAUUGAUUGUCAAUACCUACUGUCAAUCAGACUGUUACCAUGUUACUGAAAAGAGAGACAAUGCUAUUACAUAAUAAGUUAUACAAAACCAAUGUCAUCCAAAAUGAGGACUAAUUCGUAUUAAGAGUCGUAUUAUAGGUUGUGUUUUGUAGCUGUUGUUUUUUCAGAUUUAUAAUUAGUUCACAUACGCUAAAAGCUAUUUAUAACAAACAACAAUGAUGGUUUGCUGUUUCUAUUGCUGUACAUAGAAAUUUGUAUCUUUAUACCCACAAGUAUAUCCUGUGUGUAAACCCAGCCUGGUGGUCUGGGUUGUUAGCUUUGGGAGAAAUGCUACUGUAUGCUAAUGUUUAGCAUAGACUAACGUUGAUUUUUAGCCAGGCCUGGAGCCAAUCCUCCUGCGAGUCAAUCCAUCCGCAGCCUGAACAGACAAGAGUGUUCAUGCUGUAGCCCACUAUCUUACUAAUGUUACAUUGCCUAGAGGACAGAAAUGUACUGUAUUUACAUUUAGAAACUCCAUUGCUUGGUUUCCAUGGAUUGAACCCAAGCCUCACGUCCAUUUGGUACACUACAAGAGCUCUGACAUAAUAAUAGAAAGUCCUUGUGAAAAAGUGGCUGUUGGAAAUAAAGUGUAGGAGAUUUUUCACACAUACGUUUUGUAGAUAGCUUUAGGAAACAUCCACUGAGAGGUAAUGGUAGCCAUCAUGAGGAUUGUUAAAUGAUGAAUAAAUAAAUUAAUCAAAACAUCAACCUUUCCAACACAUAAAUGGUAAAAAAAACAGAGAAAUAAUAAUUUUAUUGAGACAGAGAUUAUGUCACUAUUUAUAUUUAGAGGGCAAACGUUUAUUUCUCCACAAUGUUUGUUCUGGACGUAUCACACAUACAUGGAUGUCUUUAUAGGGAUGUGGUAAGGCCCGAUGGGCGGGUCAAACAAAUACAGGACCUUUACCCAGAAGACUUUUGCUUGUGUCCCUUGUAAAACCAAAAGGGAAAACCCAAUAUCCUAAAAAUAAAGUCAUAUUCAAAUGUAUUUUUGUUGCGGACAGGGUAGAAAAAUGUGUGUAUGCGCUAGCUAGCAUUGCAACCAACAUAAUUCCUGCACCGCUCACUCGUCCCUUUCCAAAACUGCAGAGACAUGACCCGGCCAACAACAAAACAUUGGUAAGGAGUUUUGCCUCAAUUAGAGGUCAUCCUUUUCAUAAUGUUGAGUAACAAUAACAACAGUUCAGACCUGAAAUGUGAACUUGGUCCGUAUCCAAAUAAUGUGUAUGUGUUAAGAUAGCUAUUGAAAUGAAAAUUUGCCUUUCAUUAGGACUAUUAUUUGUUGACGGCUAAUUGCAUAGUGGACGACUGAUUUGUUAUUUUUUAAGUUACUCUGUGAACAUGUACAACAGUGAUCAGUUAACUGAAAUGACAGACAUCCUUACGUUUCUGUUUUCCAGUGUUGUCUCUGUAAUCAAAUAAAAGUUUGAUAUCAAA